AUGAGCGGUUACUAUAACAACGACAGCUAUUACCCGGAUAGGCGCUAUGAUAGCUCUCGCGGACAUAGCCGAGGCGGUUAUCGUGGUGGCAGAGACCACUACCGAGGGUCAUACUAUCGAGGUCGAGGCAAACCACUAUCGAGUCGAGGCAGAGACUUCAGAAGAGAGUACGACAGAGACUACAGAGAAAGAGACCCUAGAGAUAGAGAACGUGAAUUCAGAGACAGAGAUCCUAGAGACAGAGACUCCAGAGAUAGAGAGCGUGACUACAGGGAAAUAGAUCCUAGGGAUCGUGACUCGAGAGACAGAGAUGUCGAUUACAGAGACAGGGAGUACAGAGAUUUCAGAGACAACAGAAAAAACGACUAUUCAGACUACAGAGAGCACAGAGAUAGAGAGCCUAGUUGGGGAAAGGAGUCUAGAGAUAGAAACCUGCCGAGGGAACCAAGGGAUAGCCGAGAAUACAGAAGUGACGCUAGAGGCGACCACAGAGGAAGCAGAGGAGAGUUUUCCAAAGAUCCUGUGAGAAGUUUAUCGGGAGGGACCCCCAAAUAUGAGACCUCGUCUCCAAGACACACUCCGAGACACACACUGGAGACCGGUGACCAUGUUGCAACGCCUAGUAGUACUUCUCUGGGACCGGUGGCGUCUUCGUCUUCUACUUGUACCGACCCAUGGAUCUCUAUACUACAAAUCAGUGAUGAAAAGGUGGCAAAACGGCUCGAGUCCCGCCAUUUAGAGCUUGCAAAUGUUAACAAGACUCUUGGACAACUUCAAUUGCAGAGGCACAAACUCAAAGCUCACAUGGAUCUUCUUGAUGUAUAUGCAAAGAGGGACGCCUUGAACGUGGAGAUGACAUCCGAAAAGCUUGACGAGUUUGCAUUUAUGUGA